UCGCGUCACGUGACAUCUGGACGUUUCUGGCUCGAGUCGCCUUAUAGGAACUGGCCACUACCGCAUAAAAAGGAAUCCACUGUGCGCGAGACGGUAGCCGGCACGGAGCGUGAAAAUGCAGACUUUUCUCAGGGGGAAGCGCGUAGGCUAUUGGUUGAGUGAGAGAAAGAUGAAGAGGCUUCAUUUCCAGGACUUCGCUGAGCUGUGCAGGAAAAAGGGGUUAGAAGUCGUUCCGCUGGACCUAACAAAGUCUCUAGAAGAUCAGGGCCCUUUGGAUGUGAUAAUCCACAAACUGACUGAUGUCAUAUUAGAAGCGGACCAAAACGAUGUGCAGUCACUUCAGCUGGUAAACCAGUUUGAGGAUUACAUUAAUUCCCACCCAGAAACAAUUGUUUUAGAUCCAUUUCCUGCAAUCCGUACCCUGCUGGACCGCUGUAAGUCGUAUAAGCUGAUACACAGGAUAGAGGACCACAUGAAAGAUGAAAGAAUCUGUUCCCCGCCAUUUAUGGAAUUGACAGAUGGAUUUGAUGUAGACAGCCUGGAACUUGAGAAAAACAACCUCACAUUCCCUUUCAUUUGUAAAACAAGAGUAGCACAUGGCACAAAUUCCCAUGAGAAUGAUACAGAGAGUUAUGGAACAGAAGAAGAAAGUGGAGCAGGAGAAGAUGGGCAUUCCUCCAUAGGAGAAAGAAUGGCAAUUAUCUUCAAUAAAGAAGGUCUGAAAGACGUCAAGCCACCAUGUGUAAUUCAAAGUUUUAUCAAUCACAAUGCUGUGCUCUAUAAGGUUUUCGUAGUUGGGGAAUCCUACACAGUGGUACAGAGGCCAUCACUCAAGAACUUCCCUAUAGGACCUGCAGAAAGACCGUCAAUAUUUUUCAACAGUCACAAUGUGUCAAAGCCAGAAUCAUCUUCUGAUUUAACAGCGCUUGACAAAAUAGAAGGCUUGUUUGAGCGACCAAAUGAUGAUGUAAUCCGGGAACUCUCUAAAGCUCUGCGCCAAGCCCUUGGUAUCUCUUUAUUUGGAAUCGACAUAAUUAUAAACAAUCAAACGGGUCAGCAUGCAGUCAUUGAUGUCAAUGCAUUCCCAGGUUAUGAAGGUGUCCCCGAGUUUUUUAAUGACCUUCUGAAUCAUAUCAUAGCUGUCCUGCAAAAUCAAGCUACAGAAGUCCAACAAGUGAACUACAGCAACACCAUAGGUGAUCUAGGUGUGGACGCAGUGACCGAGCGAACAUGCUGUGCUGUCACUGGAAAUAGCGAUAUGGUGAUGGACUCCUGGAAUUUUGAAAGUGAGACAAGUGGGAGCAUGAAACUACAGCAUCAAAGACUUGGUUGUAAUUCAGCAGUGUCACCCAACUUCCAAAGACACUGUGCAGCAACAUUAGCAGCAAAAGCUUCCUCUCAGUAACUGGCAACAGGGAAGAGACCAAACAUGGGGACCUGAAUCCAAGAAGCUGUAGAAACUGGACAAAUUAUGAUGAUUAAACUGUUUCAUCAGUUGACGAGCAUGCACUGCUACAUUGAUUUUUAAACAAAGAAUGAGUAUUUUAACGUUUUAAAAGGCGGUGCCCUGCACGUGUCUGGCUGUGUUUUGUUGUAGGUUUCCACCCUCCUACUGUAACACUAUAUUUCUACACUUUCCUUUAUCAGUAAUUUAAAAUGGCCACCUUUUAAAGUCAAGCCCAGAAUUGCAAGAAUUAAAUUGUACAGUGCAUUCUUAUGUCAUGUUAGGACCUUUGUCUUUUUAAAUCCUGUUUCCCAAAAAAUAUAAUUAAUAUGUAUAUCUUGACAAUAUAUAAAUCAGAGAACUGAAACUUG